ACGCCCCUUUUCUUAGAGCCACCGGCACCAGUGGGAGAGGGGCACUGGGAGCACUGGGAGCUGCUGGGAGGCCAUGCCGGACGCCGACCCCCGCCUGGACCCAGGCCGCUGGGCGGCCGCCAGCUUCCGGCCGCGGGGGGUGCCCCCCACCCCCGCCCCCCGCCCCCGCCGGGGCUUCUGGCGCCGCCUCGGGGGGUGCUGCGGGUGCUGCGGGUGCUGCCGGCGCGGCAAUGAGGACUGGGAGCCCCCCCCCGGGGAGGUGCCGGGGCGGCGGCCCCCCCAGCCGAUACGGCCAGGCCUAUUGGCCCCCCGGGGCCUGGUGGUGGGCUCGGCGGCCAAUCGGGUGGCCCACCACACCUCCGAGUUCGCCUGCCCCCACCUGGUGGUGCGCCGGGGGCAGCCCUUCGACCUCCGCAUCCUCCUGCCCCGGCCCUUCGACCCCGAGGACGACAGCCUCUGCGUGGAGCUCACCCUCGGCCCCAACCCGCAGGUGGCCAAGGGCACCCACGUCCUCAUCCCGCUGGGCGAGACCUCGGCCACCGGCUGGACGGCGGAGGAGGAGGAGCUGGAGGAGGGGGCGGAGCGUCCCGGAGGCCCCGCCCUCCGCCUCUGCGUCACGUCCCCGCCCGACGCUCCCAUUGGCCGCUACCGCCUCAGCGUCAAGACCCGCACGGGGGUCGGGGAGUACGCCGCCCCCUUCGAGGACGCCAACGACAUCAUCCUCCUCUUCAACCCCUGGUGCCCUGGUGAGUCGGAAGCGUUUUGGAGCAAAAAACAACACAUUUGGGCAGUCUGGGGGCUCCUUGCG